UAUUGAGCAUAUCUCAGGUAAUAUGGCAGACCGUGGUCGAGCCCGUGGUAGAGCUCGUGGAAGAUCAGCCCCAGCAGCGGCUGCCGGAGCCCCAGCUCCAGGUCCUGUUGGAGCGGCCCCCAGAGGAAGAGGAAGAGCACGAGGUGUACCAGCAGCUGCUGAAGCGCCGCCAUGCCAACAGCUCGCAGCAAUGAACAUCGGAGCACAAGCAGCCGCCCCACCAUCAGGAGGAGCACCUAGACAAAACGGAGGAGGUGUACGAGAAAGAGGUUCUCGCUAUGCGCAAAUAGUUCUCAGACCGGAGAACCUAGAAACGACUCAAGGAAACGGAGGACGGCCAGUAGAGAUGUUGACCAACUAUUUUGAGCUAAACAUCAAGAACGCGCAGCCUUUUUAUCAGUACCAUGUUACCUUUGAACCCGCUAUGGACAACAUCAAACUCCGAAAGGCGCUGGUACACAACAUCAAUAUCCUGAAGAAUUGUCACAUAUUUGACGGAAAUCUGCUAUACACUCCUCUGAAACUGACAGAAACCGAGUUCCAUGUGGUGACGAGGCGAGAAGAGAAUGUCAGAAUAGGACUGGUACUGACACAGGAAGUAGCUCAAGGAAGUGACCAAUUUAUCCAGGUCGCAAACAUCAUCAUGAACGAGAUUGCCAGUAGACACAUGGGACUAGAGAGGAUAAAGAGAGAUUACUUCAACCCAACAAAAUCCAUAACCAUCCCACAGCACAAGAUUGAAUUGUACCCAGGGUAUGAGUUCUCAAUCAGGAGAUACACAUACGGCGUCCUGCUUGGUCUUGAUAUCAAGCAUAAGAUUAUCAGAACAGAUACUGCGCUCGAGUUCAUGAAUUCUAUAAUGCAGAGGUCACGAGGUGCCCAAAGUGAGAUUACCAAGGAGCUUGUCGGAUCUAUCGUCAUGACAAAGUACAACAAUAAGACUUACCGAGUGGAUGACGUAGACUUUGGAACCAAACCCUCCGACGAGGUUGAGCUGAAGAGUGGCAGAAUCUCCUACAUCGACUACUACAAGAAGAACUACGAAAUUAUCAUCAAGGAUUCCAACCAACCGCUCCUCAUCCACAGAUCCAAGACGAAGAUCCAAGGAAACACGGUAGAACGACAAAUCCAUCUCGUCCCAGAAGUUUGCUACAUGACCGGUCUGACUGAUAAUAUGAGGUCCGAUUACAGGAUCAUGCAGGAUUUGGCUCAGUACACCCGUCAGGAUCCAGACAAAAGACACAAAGCUCUGAUAGGAUUCAAGGAAUCCAUUGAUGAAAGCACUGAAGCUGUCAAUCUGCUAACUUCUUGGGGAUUAGAGAUGUCACCUGGCAUCCUCGACGUUACCGGUCGACAACAACCACCUGAGCAAAUCCUCAUCAAGAACGGAGGAACCUUCCCUUGUGACGCCCGCAAGGAGUCCUUCGACAACAUCACACGGAAGAACUUUGUUAUUUCAAGCGCGGAGAUCAGGGAUAACUUCACCGUUGUGUGCACUUCCAAGGACAUAGCGGCUGCAAAUACAUUCCUGGAGACUGUAGCCAAGGUUGGACCAGCAUGUGGUAUCGAGAUCCGGGGAGGAAACGUGCUCGAGAUCAGAUCUGACAGGGCGGAAGAUUACAUCACAGCCAUCAGAAAUAACGAAACGAAUCCUAAGAUUGUUGUCUGUCUGGUACCCAACAACAAAAAAGACCGUUACGAUGCCAUCAAGAAGCAUUGCUGUAUCGACCAACCGCUGCCUUCUCAGGUCCUAGUAACGAAGAACCUGAACCCCAAGAAAGCAAUGUCUGUCGUGACAAAGGUUGUCAUGCAGAUGAAUGCUAAGUUAGGAGGAGAACUCUGGAGCGUACACAUUCCGAUGAAGAAGGUGAUGUACGUAGGAAUCGACACCUACCACGACAGUGGCUCACAAAGAUCUGUCGGAGGAUUUGUUGCCUCCAUGAACGAUCUGUGCACCAGAUAUUUCUCGAAAACAACAUGGCAGCCGUCCAAACAAGAGCUGAUCAGUCAACUGGAGGUCUGCAUGACAGACGCCCUCAAGCAGUACCAUGAGAAGAAUGGAGCGUAUCCAGACAGGGUUAUCGUCUUCAGAGACGGUGUAGGUGAUGGCCAGCUUCUGGCAGUCAAGGAGCAGGAGCUGAGAGAUAUGAAGACCGCUCUCUCAAGACUACCCAAAAUGCCUGAGCUGGUGUUCGUGGUGGUGACGAAGAGGAUUCAACAGCGUUUCUUCCUCAAAGCUGGAAGUCGCCUCACAAACCCCGGUCCCGGAACCAUUGUCGACACCAAGGUGACACGUGACGAGCUGUUCGACUUCUUCCUGGUUCCUCAAUCAGUCGGACAGGGAACUGUAACUCCCACCCAUUACAAUGUGCUAGAGUUCCAGACAACUCUUAAGCCAGACCAUCUCCAGAAAAUAGCUUAUAAGCUGUGCCACAUAUAUUUCAACUGGACUGGGACGAUAAGAGUACCAGCUGUGUGCCAAUACGCCCACAAACUGGCCUUCCUCGUGGGACAGUCCCUCCACAGGGACCCUUCACCUCAGUUAGCUAACCUACUGUACUAUCUGUAGAUCCCACAUCCAUCACCCCCACUACCCUCAGAGACAAAUUGAUUGAACGCGAGUUUUUAAUGUUUUUUAAAAGCUCGAUCAAACUGACUUUUAUUAUGUAAUAUGUUAAUUUCAAAUUGUUAAAAAACGUUGCAUUUUGCCACACCAACUGUCACUGGUUGUAAUUUCGGACUUGAAAGAUGUAAAUUUAACUUUUUAACCUAGAAAUAGUGGUUACUUAAGUUAUUUUUGAUUUUUGUAUUAUCUCCUCUGUACCUGGUGUACUAUUUAAGACAAUUUUUAUUUUUAUUCCUCAGUUCCCCUUAUUUUGCGUUACCGUUUCGGGCUACAUCUUCAAGUUCGAAAUAUGUUAUAUACUGCAAGUGAGGUAAUUAACUGUUAACUGAUACUGAUAACUAAUUUGUUUCGGCAAUGGUGACCUAGUAAUUUAAGUGUUCAGAAGCUCAAAGCUAAGACAUUUGAGUUAUAUGUUUAGUUACGCCAUUUAUAUAGGUUUAACUUCGAUGAUCAGAAAAUGUAAUACAUCUUAACUUCUCCGAGUCUAAGUUUUUGUUGCUUAAACGUAAUUAUGAACAAGAUUUAAGCUCCCUAGGUAACAGCCAGAAAGGGUUUCACUCUGGUAUAAUUGAUAUUAUAAUGAAUUUAUACAUAACGCUCAUUUUUGGAAGUUACUUGUUUUCAAUAUACAAAGGAUUAUUUUAUUAAUUUAAUUUAAAACUUGAA